AUGGCUGCGACUUGGUGCUGCACAAGAAAUAUUAUAAAAUUAGUUUUAGUAUGUAUUGUAGUUGCCAAACAAAUUACCUUCAUUCAAACGUUGGAAUCAGAUCAAUCAAUAAUUCCACGAAAUUUACCAAAAACUCAGACAGAAGUAACGAAUCAACAGUCAAAUAGUCUCUUGGAUGAGAUUGAGCACGAGGAGUUUAUAGAUAAUGAUUCAAAACAGCCGCAUUCGCGAAGAAAACGGUUGGUGUGGAUAACCGAUGACGGACGUUUAGCACUUCCACCAGGCACAACACUUACCAUUACGCCUACAAUAGCGCUACCACUAGUUCGACAUCCACCCGAAGGCUUCUUUUCAAAUGUGUCAAUCAGUUUUCCAUUAACAAUUGAUUUUGACAAACUUGGACUAACAGACAAUCAAAACCCAUUGGGCGAUUUACCGCCCCUAUUCAGUCGUUCAUUCGGACAUGCGGCUGGACAUAUGCUAGGUGAAUAUGUGUCUCGUUAUUUACAUUAUAAAAAGAAGCGUGAUUUAAGCGACGAAAUGAAGCCCAAAUUUAAACAAAACUCCUAUUUCAAUAUUAAGGAGGAAGAAGCGGAAGAGGACAAAGUACCAAAAUUACCUGAACGUUUUAAGCACGUAUUUCAUGGAGGCGAGAGGGUCAUGCUGUACAAUGUCGUGGAAGAUUUUUUAUCCACAUUUGGUAUGAAUGGAAAAGCUUGUCUUUUACGUACAAUUUGCGAAGUUCAUUCCCGAAAUCUUGAUAACUUUGGAGUUUUUGGUGAAAUUGUUAAACUAUUUCUAACUGUUACAAAAUCACCUUACUCGAGUUUGUUGCCAGAAUAUGUACGAGCACAAGAGAUUGGGGAAGGCCGAGAAGGGCCUGGGGAAUGCUUUCCUUAUUAUAAAGAAUGUCCAAAGAGUAUUUUUAAGGCUUUAGAAAAGCAUAAAUACAGUGAACCUACUGGUGAAUAUCAUGAGCAGGAAGUAGAAGAAAUUAUUAGCCAAAAAUUACCAGAAGAACUCAGAAAUGAAGAUUUACAAACGAAUGAAAUCAAAGAGAAUCUCAAUGAUAUAUUAACAGACAAUCUGAUAUCAAUGUAA